GCAGUUGCAGCAGUGCAGAAUGGCUGACCUCAGUCUUGCAGAUGCAUUAACAGAGCCACCUCCAGAAAUUGAGGAAGAGAUAAAGCGGGACUUCAUUGCCACACUGGAGGCAGAGGCUUUUGAUGAUGUUGUGGGGGAAACUGUCGGAAAAACAGAUUAUAUUCCUCUCCUGGAUGUGGAUGAGAAAACUGGGAACUCUGAGUCAAAGAAGAAACCAUCCUCAGAUACCAGCCAGAUUGAAGGUACUCCAUCUUCUAAACCAACAGUGUUAGCCAAUGGUGACCAUGGGAUAGAAGGGAAUGACACUACAGGGUCUCCAACUGAAUUCCUUGAAGAGAAAAUGGCCUACCAGGAAUAUCAGAACAGCCAGAACUGGCCAGAAGAUACAAAGUUUUGUUUCCAGCCUGAGCAAGUGGUGAAUCCUAUCCAGACUGAUCCCUUUAAGAUGCACCAUGAUGACAGCCUGGCAGAUUCGCUCUUUCUCUCCAGUGGAACAACAAAUGCUUUGACAUUUACAGGGCAAAAUAAUCCCUUGGAAGACAGUUAUGGUAUGUCUCCCUGCGAUACAUUUGCUCCUACAGCUGUUGUACCUCAAGGGUGGUCUAUGGAAGCCCCAAACCCUCCACACUCAGAGUCCUUUGUUUCUCCAGAGGCCAUUGCAAACCCUCCACAGCCGACAACAGAGCUAGCUGAGGAAGUAGAAAUGGCAUCAGUAGAAGAACAACCACCAACAAAAACAUUGGAAAUAAUAAUGGGACAGAAGACUACAGAAAUGGCACCAUGUGGAGAAACAGAGGUAGCCCUGGCCACGGACAUGGCACCAGCCACAGAAACAAAGGUGGCAUUGACUAAAGAUACGGAACAACCCACCAAGUUAGAUUUCACACUGCCCAAGGACUUGCAGUCAUCCAUCGAAUCGGAUAAGUCCCUGGUCAAGGACAUGGUCCUACCUAUAGAAACAGAAGUAGUCCCAGUUAAGGAUGUCAUAUUGCCCACAGAAACAGAUGUGUCUUUGCCUAAGGAUGUGGUACUGCCCACAGAAACAGAGGUGGCUAUAGGCAAGGAUUUGACAUUAUUUGAAGAAACAGAGAGAGUACCACCUAUAAAAAUGGAUUUGUUUUCACAUGAGGGUGUGGCAUCACCCAAAGAAACAGAGUUAAUCCCAGGCAAGGAUGUGGUAUCACUUUCAGAAAUGGAGGUGGCACUGGCUACAGACACUGUAUCAUCUAUAGAAAAAUCCUUAACUGAAGAGAUGGUGGCGUUAUCAGAAAAAGAGGUGACUCUGGCAAGGGACAUGACUCUGCCUUCAGAAGCGACAGUAAUCUUCACUAAGGAUGCAGUACUGCCCUUAGAAACAGAGGGGACCUCGAACAAGGACGUUACUCCACCUCCAGGAACAGAAAUGACCAUGGCCAAGGAUGUUGCUCCAUCCCCAGAAUCAAAGGUGGGCCUGGUCAAGGAUGUGGCUCCACUCCCAGAAACAGAAGUAGCCCUGGUCAAGGAUAUGGCUACACCCCCGGAAACAAAGCUGGCCCUGGGUAAGGAUGUGGCUCUGUCUCCAGAAACAGAGGUGGCCCAGGUCAAGGAUAUGACUCCACUCCCAGAAAAAGAAGUAACUUUGAUCAAGGAUAUGCCGCUGCCUCCAGAAACAGAUAUGGCCGUUAAGGAUGUGGCUCUGCCCCCUGGAACAGAGAUGAGGGUGACCCUGGCCAACAAUGCAACUCCAGCCAAGGAUGUUGCACCACCCUCAGGAACAGAGGUGGCACCAGUUGUAUUUAAAGACAUGGAAAUUGCACAGACUCAAGAAGGAAUAAGUGAGAAUUCCCAAAUAGAAUCUCUCAAAAACGAGGGGCAGUCAGCUGUACCUACUUUCAUGAUUUCACCAGAACCAGUCACAGCUACAGGCCAAAAGGACAACUUGCCAGAUUCUGUGUUAGAGAAAUUGGAGCAGAAGAAAUCAUUGAGCAGUCAACCUUCUGAACUUUCUUCAGAGACCUCAGGAAUAGCCAGGCCAGAAGAAGGAAAGGCAACUGUGAGUGUGACCGGAAAUGACAUCACUACCCCACCAAACAAGGAGCUCCCACCAAGCCCAGAGAAGAAAACAAAGCCUUUGGCCACAACUCAACCUGCAAAGACUUCAACAUCGAAAGUCAAAACACAGCCCACUUCUCUCCCUAAGCAGCCAGCUCCCACCACCUCUGGUGGGUCGAAUAAAAAACCUAUGAGCCUUUCUUCAGGCUUAGUACCAGCUGCCCCACCCAAACGCCCUGCUGCCGCCACUGCCAGGCCUUCCACCUUACCUGCAAAAGAAGUGAAGCCAAAGUCUGUUGCAGAGGCAAAGACUCCUGAGAAGCGGGCCUUACCGUCCAAGCCCACCUCUGCUCCAGCCCUCAGACCUGGACCCAAGAGCACCCCAACUGCUCCAAAAGCCACUGCAGCUGCCACGCUUGCCUCAUCUGGGCCAAGCAAUAGAAGUCCCCCCACGCCACUACCCAAGCGGCCCACUACCAUUAAGACUGAGGGGAAACCUGCAGAUGUGAAGAAGAUGACUGCAAAGUCUGCACCAGCUGACUUGAAUCGUUCAAAGAGCACCUCCACCAGUUCUGUGAAGAAAAACACCACGCCCACUGGAGCAGCACCUCCAGCAGGAGUGGCUCCCACUCGAGUCAAGUCCACUCCCACACCUCCCCGGCCUUCCACAACUCCCAUGGACAAGAAGCCCAGCUUGGCCAAGCCCAGCUCCUCUGCCCCCAGACUGAAUCGCCUGGCCACCAAUGCCUCUAUCCCUGAUCUGAAGAAUGUCCGCUCCAAGGUCGGCUCCACAGAAAACAUCAAGCAUCAACCUGGAGGUGGCCGGGCCAAAGUAGAGAAAAAAACAGAGGCAGUUGCUACAGCUCGAAAGCCUGAACCUAAUGCAGUCACUAAAGCAGCCAGCCCCAUUGCAAGUGCGCAGAAACCGCCUGCUGGGAAAGUCCAGAUAGUCUCCAAAAAAGUGAGCUACAGCCAUAUUCAGUCCAAGUGUGGUUCCAAGGACAAUAUUAAGCAUGUCCCUGGAGGUGGUAAUGUUCAGAUUCAGAACAAGAAAGUGGACAUCUCCAAGGUCUCUUCCAAGUGUGGGUCCAAGGCUAACAUCAAACACAAGCCUGGUGGAGGAGAUGUCAAGAUUGAAAGUCAGAAGUUGAACUUCAAGGAGAAGGCCCAGGCCAAGGUGGGAUCCCUCGAUAAUGUGGGCCACCUGCCUGCAGGAGGUGCCGUGAAGAUUGAGACCUACAGGCUGACGUUCCGGGCUAACGCCAGGGCCCGCACCGACCAUGGGGCCGACAUUGUCUCCCGGCCCCCCCACUUCCCUGGCGGCCCGCUUGGCUCCCGGGCCCUUGGCUCCCUUUCCCGGGGCCGGGUACUAGACCCGUGAGCACCUGGGUGCUAGGCAGCCCCCUAGGCCCCUGCCCUCCUGCCUCGCUUGCCCAGGGCAGCAGCAGUUCUGCCCCCACACCUCCUUCCACUCUCUCCCAGGGCCCAGCUCCUGGCUUUGUUCCUGUCCAUCACUGCU